AGGUUAUACUAGGCGCCUGGGGAAAUUCUGAGAAAACAUGAUAAGUUUCGGUGGAUUGUUUCGUUUUUUUUUUUUGGGGGGGGGGGGGGGGAGGAGGGGGGGUUCUUUUUCUGCCGUUGUUGUAUAUAUUAUUUGGCUUCUUUCUAGACAGUGACAUGGCGCUGGUGAGAGGAAUGGCAUGAAACCUGUCUGUUUGCAGAGGAUUUGAUUUGAUGAAUUGCUGCGACUGUUUCUUCAUGAUUGUAUCGAUUAGACUAAUAAAAAAGAAAUCAAAAAGUCUUGAUGAGCCCAAAUGAAAUCGACUACGUACAUGCCCUAUAAGGCGGCUGCCCGGUGCUCCUUCCUGUUGUCAUUCACUACCCAUCCUUGGUUUGUUCUGUUCAUCAACACUCUUCGACCUUACGACUUCUCUCCUUCCAUUCCAUCGCCGUCUUUGUUCUCUCAUGUACAAUCCAGAAAGAUGGAGAAUCACCGACUGAAGACCAAGCACGCGGACGACCUCUUCCAUCGAGGAACACCUGACUUCAACAACCUAGAGAUUCGAAGCACAUGGAACGGCAAAGUUGAUGAGCCUGCGGAUCUCCAAAUCUCGCUCGAAGUACCUUCCUUUUCCUCGUCGUUGCUGGUUAGCCAUCUACUAACCACUUCACUCGCCCAUACAGGUCAAAUGCACCCCGAACACGCAGCUUCCCAUCCUAAGCCUCCGACCGUCGUAUAUAUCUUUCGUCAGGACGUCCGUUCGCUGUAUCUCCGAUGAGAACACGAAUGAACAGUUGACAAGCCCUCCUCGAAGUCCGUUGUUCGCGUUCUCUGCUCCAGUUUCUGAUGAUGAUGACGGUAACCAGGGCUCUGUUUACGAUGAAUGCUGGGAAGAGAAUGGACCGUCGGGUUUGUCGGUUAUAC